CUCGUUUCUUUUUUUUUAAAAAAAAAAUAAACAACUAUGGAAAAAGUUAACAGUUUCAUUAAUUCGGUCCCUCAGCGUUUCGAACGCGAAAAGACGACCAUCCUCAGUAUUGCUGCCGCCACCGUUCUUCUCUAUACCACAUACAAGAUAGUCAACAAGUCUAGCAAAAAAAAAUUAGGGCUCAAAGAAAUUCCUUCACCCGGCUUUUCAUUUCCUUAUGUGGGCCACAUGUUCUCCUUGGGGAGUUCGCCUGGUAGAAGAAUCGCGCAAUGGCAUAAAGAAGUGGGUCACAUCUUUAAAUUAAAUAUGGGAAUACAGACUUGGAUCUUGAUUGAUGAUCCAUUGUUAGCUCAUAAAGUCUUUGUCACUCAUGGUGUAGGUUCGUCCGAUCGUCCUCACUCUACUUUUGCUUAUGAAUACUAUAGUUACAAGGGAAAAGGUGUUGGAUUUUGUCCAGCCACAAAACAAUGGAAAGUUGCUCGAGGAGCAGUCCAAAACAUUAUUGCACCCAAAGUUGUUGAUGCUCAUUAUUUGGAAUCUAUAAAGACAGAAGCCAUCGCUCUGGCUGAACGAUUUAUUAAAUACUCUAGACUCGAAAACGGUGUUGAUCCGACAAAGCACUUGCAUUUAAACUCAAUGAACCUUAUUUUCAAGGUGGGGUUCGGUAAGGUGUUUUCAUCGGUGGAAGAUCCCGAUUUUAUCUCUAUUUCGGCCAUGAUUAAAAAGACCGCAAGUUUAGCUGGCAUGACGCACGAUUUGCCCAACUUUUUACCCAUAUUUACCGUCGUGGAUUACUGUACUGGAGCUCGUGCUACAAUGAAGAAUUUUAUUGAAAAAGAACGUGACCCAAUUUACAAUAGAUUGAUAAAAGAGGCGCUUGAGAGCGACGGAACAAAUUUUGUUAAGGCACUUCAAGAGUUUGAUUUUGAUGAAGAGAAUCAACUAGUUCUCAUGUCGGAUUUAAUUAACGGUGGAUCAGAUACGGUUUCCGUAACAUUGGGCUGGAUUUUUGCCAUCAUGUGUAACUACCCUCUUGCUCAAAAGAAAGCUGCUGAUGAGAUUGAUGCCUUUGUUAUCCGGUACAAGCGUCAUCCCAAAUUCGCUGACAGAGACGAAUUACCUUAUUGUGUGUCCAUGCUUAAAGAAUGCAUGCGAUUUAGGCCUACUACACCUUUUGCUAUACCUCAUAGCGCAAGAAAUGACUUUGUCGUGGAUGGCUAUUUAAUCCCUAAGGGUGCUACACUCGUCACCAGUAUGGAGAGUAUGCAUCAAAAUCCUGAAGUCUAUGCUGAACCCUUGCGUUUUUAUCCCGAGAGAUUUUUGAAUAAUCUGAAAACAAUGGAUGCUGCUGCCAAGGGUAAAUCCGAGGGACGUGAUCAUUUCAACUUUGGAUGGGGAAGACGAAUGUGUCCAGGUAUAUAUAUGGCUGAAGUCGAACUUUUCACGACGUUUAUUCAUGUCAUUCUAAGGUGUAUCAUUGAGCCUGUCAGAGAUAUGGACGGAAAAGAAUAUGUCCCAAAUAUUGAAAAUGCUGUACUUUCAGGUUUGACUUCUUUACCUGCUCCACACAAGCUUAAUUUUGUUGAACGUAUACAAUCCCUUGGUAAAUAAAAUAUAAACCCCACACAUGAUUUUACAUCAAGAUUUUUGUCUGCUUGUAUUUCAAUGAACGUAUAUACAUAUAUAUAUAGGUAUAGGUAUAGGCAUAGG